UCAUGUCCCUGACGUCAUGCAGUUCUAGUACACAGCCUAUUGACUGCAUGGAAAGAUCCCCAAUACGCGUCCCUGUAGCCAAUGAUCGCAGGGUGAAGCAGCCCUUGUGUGUUGUGAUGCUGAGCAGGAUUCCUGAUGUGGGAUGAUGAUGCAGGGAUGACUGUUCCUGGGGGUGAUGAUGAGGAGGGUGCUGAUGCUGCCAGGGUUUGCUGCGUAUCCUGUUUGCUGUUUCUGCAGUCACGUGGGGCCCCUUUAAGUUUCCAUUGAGAGCAGCUUGUGGUGUCACAUGAUGGACAUGAUAUAAUGUAACCACAUCAGAGAGGGAGGCAGAGAGGAGGACAGGCUACAGCGACGACAGGACAGCUCAGCAGCACUCCGUCCCUACCAUAGCCCCACACUAUAUGGAUGGACACAGAUUCAACUCCACGGGGAACGGGAAGAACUUUCCCUAUCGCUUAAUAGAGAGAAGUGACAGGACGCGGAGCAGAGUCCCAUUGACUGCAGCGACAAGCUGUGCGCCCGCCCGGGGAUGGCGAGAAGUGCAGCGCCGCACAGUGUCAGAGGGAGAAGCAGCACCGUCCACAUCCAGCACUGAGAGGAAUAGAGGAGGGAGGAGCAGCUACUUCCAGCACAACACAUGGAGAAGGAAGGAGCAGCCACCUGCACUGCUCACCUCUGCUCCGGUGGGCACAUCGCCUGGCACUGCCAUGGUAUCGGGAGCACGAUGGAUCGUGAGCCCUACAGAAGAGGCAACCCUCUCCUUCAUGCCCGGGCAUAGGGAUACCGCACAGUAUAGAGUGUCAGCGCCGGCGGCCGCAACAAACAGGAGGACGAGGAGGGCAGCGCCUGCGGGUGAUAUAUUCUCUUUUACUCUUGAAAUAUUUCCUUGUCGUUCACAAAAAAAUCUCAAGAACAGUGAGAACAUGCUCUUCUUUUUCUUUAACAACUGCAGCUUUCACAUGACAACAUUUAACUUUUUAACAUGCGCAUUGGGGACUGUUACAUUCAAUCAUCAGAUUGCAAACACAGAAAAAUGCUGUUCAUAGAAUACUGUUGAUCAGUAUUAUUGGUGCUCCAUUACUACAGCCUGUCAUGGCUGGCUGCAGCAUAGGUGUGCUGAUCAGAUGGCAGGAAAGCAGGCAUUGGGUUGGCAUCUUUAAUGGAUCUUUGUUCCUGCUGAAGGAUAACAUGGAGGACUGCAAGCAGCAAUUGAGAACUUAAGCAGCUUACUGGCACACUUAACAUUAUACAACAUACUGGUUUCAAGAAUCAGAAGAGUGUGAAAUAUGUAAUAGAUUAUGCUGGAAAUUACCUUAUAAGAGUUCCCAGAACAAUAACAUUGUGAUUCUUGGAGUUUGAACUGAAUGGCUCUCUACAAAGAGAUUGUAUUCUUUUUAUGCCAGUUAUAAGCAAAGGAAAAGCAAGUCCUAAGCCGUUGCAAGCAGCUUUUUCAGGUAUGUUGAAAUACUUUUACUUUUCAAGUAUAGCAGGGUAUUUGUUGUAUUCCAUACUAGGGAUCGACCGAUUAUCGGUAUGGCCGAUAUUAUCGGCCGAUAAUCACGAUUUUGGGCAUUAUCAGUACCGGCAAUUACCUUGCCGAUAAGCCGAUAAUGCCCCGCCCUCCGCACCGUCCCCACUGCACCGCGAACACCCGCGACCCGCCGCACCGCGACCGCCCUCCGACCCACCGCACCGCGUGACACCCCCCACCAUAGUGCUGGGCGGUAUACCGGUAUGGAUUUUUGCCCAUACCGCUAUACCGGUCGGGCCCUUCCC